GAGAGGGCAGAGCGCCGGAGAGCACUUUUCGCCCUACUUGAGGAGUGUUUGUGGAUUUACAUGCCAAGCCUUCAAGAUGAUGUCGAUGAACAGCAAGCAGCCGCAUUUUGCCAUGCAUCCCACCCUACCUGAGCACAAGUACCCCUCGCUGCACUCCAGCUCGGAAGCGAUCCGGAGAGCGUGUUUGCCAACGCCGCCGCUGCAGAGCAACCUCUUCGCCAGCCUCGAUGAGACACUGCUGGCUCGGGCCGAGGCUUUGGCCGCCGUCGACAUCGCCGUGUCGCAGGGCAAGAGCCACCCCUUCAAGCCGGACGCCACGUACCACACCAUGAACCCCGCGGCGCUGGGCAUGGCCCACGCGCACGGGCUGCCGGCCCACAUGGGCUGCGUGAGCGACGUGGACGCCGACCCGCGCGACCUGGAGGCGUUCGCCGAGCGCUUCAAGCAGCGCCGCAUCAAGCUGGGGGUGACCCAGGCCGACGUGGGGGCGGCCCUGGCCAACCUGAAGAUCCCGGGCGUGGGCUCGCUCAGCCAGAGCACCAUCUGCCGCUUCGAGUCGCUGACGCUGUCGCACAACAACAUGAUCGCCCUCAAGCCCAUCCUGCAGGCCUGGCUGGAGGAGGCCGAGGGGGCCCAGCGGGAAAAAAUGAACAAGCCCGAGCUCUUCAACGGGGGCGAGAAGAAGCGCAAGCGGACUUCCAUCGCCGCCCCGGAGAAGCGCUCCCUGGAGGCGUACUUCGCCGUCCAGCCCCGGCCCUCCUCCGAGAAGAUCGCUGCCAUCGCCGAGAAAUUGGACCUCAAAAAGAACGUGGUGCGGGUUUGGUUUUGCAACCAGAGACAGAAGCAGAAACGGAUGAAAUUUUCCGCCACUUAUUAGGG